AUGGCGUCCGCAUCGGGCGGGAAGACACACAGGUGCACAGACCAGGGAGCCCCCAGGAGGACAGCAGACGGCAGCUAUGCUGGGCGGAGUGGAGGCCGUGCUGGGCCAGGGUGGGAGCUGUUCCCCUUCAGCAGCCUGCGGGCCCUCAGCUGGCUGUGGACCCUGAUGCCCCACUCCACCCCUGCCUACAGCUACAGGGCCGCUGCAGGGACUAUCCCCCACUCCCUGCCUGUGCCCCAGCGUCCAGAGCAGCAUGGCCAGACCCUGCUGUGUGCCACGGAGCACAUAGUGCCACUCUGCUGUGCCCUGGACAGUCCCCGGCCAGACUGGGUCCUGGCCCACCUGCCCCAGCCCCUCUCCGAGGCAGGGGAGUCGCAAGAUUGGGUGGCCAGGUGGGUCCUACAGCAGGACCCCCAGUGGCGGCGCUCAGGGCUGAGCCUGGCCCCCCACUGUGACAUCGUGGAGCCCGAGCAGCUUGCCAUGGACACCGGCAGAGGGGACUACCUGGUCACAGUGGGGCCAGGGGCCACCGAGCAUGCUCUCCCGGAGGUUGGAGAGCCAGUGAGGGCUCUGAGGAGGGCAGGGCUGGGGACACUGUGCUCCGAGGAGGAAGCAGGGCAGACAGGAGCCUCUCUGGGGAUGGGUCCCCCUGGGUCUCUUGGCCAGGCUGGGCCAGUCAGCUUGGGGUUUACCGGGUUACUGGGAUGGAGAGCUGGCGGGCUGUGGCCUGGGGUCUCCAGGCUCAGUGGGCACAGUGGAGAUGGCCAGCAGGUCUUUGGAGCAGGUCUCCCACACACCCUGCAGCCCCCAGACUGCAUAGGCAGUGACCAAGAGAAAGUGCAUGUGGGCACACUCUAUGGGCAGGGGCGUGCCUCCCUGUCCCUGCAGGACUGCUUUGACCCAAGCGCUGAUGGCCACAAGGCAGUGUUCCCGGUGGUGGAAACCUGUGGGCGGCCCCCACCCCCUGCGGCCCCUAGCCACGUGUUCCUUGCCAGGAGCGGGGUAGCCGGCCUCUGCCAGCCCAGCAUCUUUGUCAUCUUUCGCGACACCCAGGCCCUGCCCACCCACCUCAUUACUUGCAAGCACAUGCGGGCUUCUCCAGAGGACUCCUCUGGGCAUUUGGGCCAUUUUCCAGCCUCCUGA